CCCGGCAAAAAUAAUCCGUAUUUACUUUCCUUUGAACGUGCCAAAUUUAGUUAUUUUUUAGCGAGAAUAAUGGUGUACUGGAUACUAAACUUAAUAUUUGUCAUUACCUUGCAUAGCUGUGUUGCCUCCAAAUAUUAUUACAAAGAAAAGAAUGGAAACUAUGAUGUGUACUACGGUCCCUAUGCCCAGUGGGGUUAUAAGGAAUUUAGACCUCCAAAGUCUUAUAAAGUUGGAUAUGAUGAUAGAGGGGACAGACCUGGAAAAUGCAUUAGAGGAGAAUUUAAUUGUGACAGUCCAUAUCCGACAGCAGAAACUAGAUUCUUUGAAUGCGAAGUAGACUAUCAAUGUCCGAGGUUUUUCAAAUGUUGCCAGAAUCGAUGUUUUCAGCACAGAAUAUGCCAACCGAUAGAUUUAAAAACAACUGAUGAUAAUAACGAAAUACCUACCGACGAACCAGUCACACAAACUACACCAAAUAUUGUAACUACUCAAAGUAUUCACAGUACGCGGAGAACUACUCCGAAACCGACUGAAGGUGACACAAAAAAAAUAUCGGAGAAACCAAUAGAGCAUACGCUAAGACCUACUACAGAUGUAAAAGAUGAAGAUAUUAAACAAUCUACACCAUCGAUAGCUACAACAAGCUCUCCAACAACAAUCGACAUAAUAAUAAUGCCAACAAAGGAAACAGUUACACUUACUUCUACUGCUGGUGAAGAUCAUUCUUCUCCAUCAACUGUCCGUCACACUACAACAUCUAAAGCCACGCAACCAUCUACAUCACAUAGUACAAAAUUUACUACUACAAAAAGAAGUGAAACCACAACUGUAACAUAUUUGCCUUCAGUUGUUUCCACUGCAUCACCGUCAACUCUUGAACAAAAAGUAACUACUAAUAUUCCAGAAGAAAUAUCAACACAGCGCAUAUUAGAACCGACUACGACGGUAAAAAAUCAAGAUAUUCCAUCAACACCUAAAGUUCCAAUAGAAUUUUCAACAACUGAUAAAGAUCAUCUUACCACAACAAUUUAUACCACCACAUCGAAAGUGACACAACCAUCAUCAACAGCACAUAGCACUACUGAAAUCACAACAAAAUAUUUGCCUUCAGAUGUAACGCAUGCAGAAGGAAAUCGGACUCCAAAAGAAACGUCAGCAGAACAUACACUGAACACCCCUAUAAAAUUGGAGAAGGAAAGCAGUCAAUCUACAUCAGCUAUCUCAACAGAAUCUUCAACAGCAGCAGGCAGAAUAACAGAUGUGAAAGAAAUAACUACAUCUACAGCUUUGGUUACUGCAGAUUAUCUUUUCUCGUCAAUUUUUCCUUACUCUAAAACAUCUACAACAACAGAACCAACAACAUCGAUUAGUACCAAAUCUUCUACUAUGAAAGGAACAACGAUCACAACUGUAUCAUAUUUGUCUUCUUCACCAUCAACUCUUCAACAAGAAAAAAGUACGGCUCCAAAGGAAAUUUCAACACAGCACAUGUUAAAACCCACCACUACUGAAAAAACUGAAGACACCCAAUCUACAUCUACGGUUUCAACACAAUUUUCAACAAGUACAAGAGAAAUAACUUCUACUACUACAGUUACUCCCACUCAAUCAACUUCCUCUUACGCUGUAACAUCUAAAGCAACACAACCAACUCUAACGUAUAAUACUACAACAGAAAGGAGUGAAACCACAGCUGUUGCACACUUGACAUCAGAUGUUUUUUCUACGCAAGUAGUAACUCAUGAACCAGAAGUCAGUUCCACUACAACAAACACUCAGCCAACUCGUCAAAACACAGAGAAGGCAUCCACUAUUUCUUCAACAAAAUCUGGACUUACACUUUCAACAACUGAAUAUGCUACAACGACUAAAUCUACAUCUGAAAUACCUGAAUUAAGUACAGCAAAAGGUAACACUACAGUUAUGUCAAAAACUUCGGAAAACCCUGUUUUAACGACACAAUUUGCUAAGACUACUGAACUCGCAUCUGAAAAACCUGAAUUAAAUACAACAAAAAGUAAAACUACUGUUAUAAAAGCCUCAGAAAGCCCUGCUUUAACAACACAAUUAUCUGAGAGCUCAGCAUCAGGUAAUGGUUAUCCAACAACAUCGGUCUCAUCUAAGACACAACUGUCAACUUCGACAACUAAAUAUGAAACAACAGAGCCAACCACUGAGUCAGUUACAAUCAAAUCUUCUAGAAUUUUAACUCCUGGAACUACAGCAGUUUUCGAAACGUCAUUAAAUUCCAUAACUUCUUCAUCGCCCAGAGACAUGACAAAGCCUAAAACAAAACUCACAUCACAAACUACAGAAUCAAGUGCUACAUCUCCAAUUUCAAUAACGUACAAGAUAGACUCAACAACUACAGCGAAAACCCCUAGUUCACCUCCAGAGUACAUUACAACAAAAAGCACAACAAAUAUUAUGUCAAAUUCACAGAGUACAUCUACCAAAUAUUCAGAUUCUACGCAAGUUACUGAAAUAAUAAGUACUAACAACCCAUUUGAUUAUACAAAUAUAUCUUCAAGUACACUUAGAAAAUCGACGUCUCGUAUGAUAGACAUUACCAGUGAUGAUGAAGAUCUUAUCUUCAGCGGUGACUUUGAACCAAGUACAAUAAAUAACGAGUUGCUAUCUAAAUCAUCUGUUAUAAAUGAUGCAAAAACUACAACGAAAAUCUUAGAUUCUUUUAAAGAUACAUCAAAACAAACAGCACCUCUUAAGGAGACGCUGCCAGAUUCUUCGAUGACUAAACCUGAGUCUACUUAUGAAUUGACAUCAAAAGCCGCGCUUGAUAUAAAGUCAUCAACAGUUCAGCCAUUUGACAAAGUCACUUUAUCUGCAUCAGAUGUUAUAUCAAAUACAAUACCGACAACCUUAAUUACGUCAAAACAAACGACAGGAACAAAGUCUGUAGAACCGACGACUACAGAUACUGAUGUAACUUAUAAAUCAACUUCAAAAAGUGUAACCGACAUGAAAUCAGGACCCAUUACGGAUGACGAAGAUCUGACCUUUAGUGGUGAUGGUGAUUUGCAAUCCGACAAUUUGAUACAAAAAAGGUCAACAACAGGAAUUUCUUCAGUUAUAACCGAAACUAAUGUAACAGAUGAUGACUUUACAUUUAGUAAAGAGGUACCUCGGUCUUCACUAAAAUCUAUUUCUGGAUAUGAGGAAUUAGAGAAUAAGGAGUUUCAUGAUGUUACCAUAAAAGAAUCUACGCAUUAUAUUAGUGAUUCUACGCAAUCGAUAGUUAAAAGUAAUACUGACAAAAUUUCUACCACUGAAUCAUCAGUUAAACUCACCACAAUCGCAAGUAGUGCCCAUACAAUGUCGACCACAGACUUUGAAACAAAUCAAAUAAUUAAUGAAAAUGAAGAUAUUUCAUUUACUAAGGAACCGCAUUCCAAGGAAAAUAUAUUUAAAUCAUUGAAGGAAACAGAAGGAACAAAAAAUAUGGCAACUACUAUCCAAUAUUCUACUCCCUAUUCCUCAGCGGUUUUCUUAAUAAAUUCCACUCCUGUAUAUACCAACACAGAGGAAGCAAACACGCAAAAAGAUGUAUCUUCUAAAGAAACCUUUACAAGUCAUGAUGGUUACUUUUCUACAACGUUAAAGUUUACAUCAACUUUUCCAAAAAAUACUGUCGAAGAAACACAAAAGUUAACUUCCAAAAGUACUGAUGCGGAAAGUAGUGACCUUACUACAUCAAUAAACACAUUCUCAGCAACUACAUCACCAGAGUCUGGAUACUCGUAUGGCAAUAAAAUAUAUAUGAUGGAGAAACUUUUAGACACCUCGAGAAAAUUACCUUAUGUACACGAAAAAGCAGGUAUUGGGGAUAAUUACAAUUUUAAUAAUUUCCUUAGGCUUUUGGAUAAAAUCUCAGAUUUGCUUGGGACGAAGGGUGAUACAAUACACAACAAUUUAGAUUUUCAAAUUUCAUCGCCUUCAACUGAAAAGAGUACUAGUUACAACACCGAUCAAGAAACAAUGCAAUCAACAACUGAAGGUAAACAUAUAAUGCAGGUGGUAGAGGUGGAAAAUUAACAAAGAAAUAGGGAAAUGAUAACCAAUCUAUCAAUUUUAUUCAUAUAGUUUUGGGUCGUAGUUUAUUCAUAAAUUUUACUUAAUGUUGAUAGGUAGAUCUAUGAAAACCUUUUACUUACAUUGUAAUAUAGGUGUGAUGAGUUGUAUUUAAACUCUGUAAGUCGGUUUUUGAUCUCGAUAUAGUUUAAGUUAUGUUAAGUGAAUUUUAUUUAGUUAACACUAGGUACUUACAAAAGUAAUUUUGUAAAAUAAAAAAGGGCUUCAGUGUCAAA